GUGGGGUUGUGUGGCUUCCCUACAAAUCCAAUCAGUGUACCCAGAGGGAACUUCUAGUGGGUCACUAUCCCUACCGUAGUCACGACUAACCUUCUUGCACCUCUCGGUUUAUAUAUUCAUACACACGGCUCAGAGUUUCAAUAUCGUCAAAUCCUAUUCUUCGUAUCAGACAGACAUCAUAUAGGCUUGAAUACGGCACACAGAGAACAAAGCCCAAGAAAGGUCCAAUACCGUCAGGCCUUCAGCACUACUAGUACUAAGUAUCAGGUUAUCGACCGUUUAAACAUAUACAUCGGCCCAAUACUGAAGGCUCUUGAGAUCUCAUCAUGCAACACGCUGCCAACUCAUCUCAGCAGUACGCCCCGCGGCUGCCUGGGUCUCUCCACACGCCAACUCAGUCCUUCAGCGCAGCAAUUCAGACUCCUGAUUCCCAGGGCGCAGACUGGAUAGACAGCAAACAGUCCAAAGACAAGGAAUUAGACUCUGUUCGAAAUCGACUCCUCGACCCGAAAUUUAAUAUUAGAGAUUACGCAGACCCUCUCCGGCCACGGCAGCACCCUCCUUCUCAUUACUACCCCAAAGGUGUCACGGCUGAGAUGGAGAAAAAUCUGUUGAAUCUUGUUGCAAGACUCGAGACGGAAAAUGUCUGAGGCUUCCAUUGUGCCAAAGUUGAGGAGUUGCUCGAGAUGUGUGGGCUCUGGAGCUGACUUAAGAUUGCCUCUUUGAGAUUUCGCCG